CUUUACCUAAUUAACAACAACUCCACAUGUACCCUACUGAAUGUAAGGUUUUAGCAGAGAAGAUGUUGUGUCCUAAAUAGGCUUAACCUCUACUUGUGGUUCAAAAAGAAAAAAAUAAAAUAAUGCGUAAAUGUGAUUGUAUUUUUUUAUUCAAAGGAGUGUAAUCUCAGGUGAGGUGAAUUACAGAGGUUUGUCAUUUGUUUGCUUUUAAUCAUUGCUGACAUAAUUACUGAGUUUCUCCAUUUCGUUGCAUAUUGUUCUUUGGUAUAAGUUGGUUAAACAACCAAUUCUUGAAUUCAUGAUUCAUUAGACCAACUUUUUUUCAGGCCCCACCAUGGUAUUUGGAGCACAUGUUUUUGCCCAUGCCACUUUUCCCUUUUAUUUUGAUCUUCUGGAUGGGCAGGAAAGGGGGUGUGCAGGACUAGGAAGUAUGUAUUUUUGGAAUAAGGGAGGAAAGAAGAGUGAAUGAGAGUACAAUCAGCCAGUCAGUAUCUAGGAUGUGGAAUCAAACUAGCAUGUGCCGGCUAUGCAGUCAUUGGUAUGGAUUAUGAGGGUCAUGGAAGGUCCAAGGGUGCCCGCUGUUAUAUUAAGAAGUUUGACAAUAUUGUAAAUGACUGUUAUGACUUUUUCAAGUCAGUUUCUGAGCAGGAUGAGUAUAAGGGUAAACGGAGAUUUUUAUACGGGGAGUCGAUGGGAGGAGCUGUUGCGUUGCUACUCCACAAAAAAGACCUCACCUUUUGGCAUGGUGCAGUUCUUGUUGCCCCCAUGUGCAAGAUAUCAGAAAAGGUGAAGCCUCAUCAAGUGGUUAUUAAUAUCUUAACACAAGUGGAGGAGAUUAUACCCAAAUGGAAAAUAGUCCCUUCUAAAGAUGUUAUUGAUUCAGCUUUCAAAGAUCCUGUCAAGCGGGAAGAGGUAAGAAGCAAUAAGCUCAUAUAUCAAGAGAAACCCAGGCUGAAAACGGCUCUGGAAAUGCUGAGGACAAGUAUAAGCCUCGAGGAGAGCUUAAAUGAGGUAACCCUGCCAUUCUUUGUACUACAUGGGGAGGCGGACAUAGUUACAGACCCGGAAGUGAGCAGAGCACUGUAUGAGAAAGCCAGCAGCAUAGACAAGACCAUCAAAUUAUAUCCAGGAAUGUGGCACGCUUUAACAUCAGGAGAGCCUGAUGCUAAUAUUGAGCUUGUUUUCAGUGACAUUGUUGCAUGGCUUGACAAGCGCAGUGACCUCGAACAUAAAACAUUGCAGAACCAGUUCCUUGUUAAUCUUGGGUCCGGGGCACAUGUUGUAAGAUCUGCGCCCACGACACCCUUGAUGAAUGGUGGAAGCAUAAAGAAGCAACAAAAACCGAGUGUGUACGGCAAAUAUUUAUGUGGUUUGAAAGGACCUCGUAUGCAUCAUCACUCGUCUAUGUAGAUUGUAGAGCCUUCGUUUGAGUACUUGUGGGUGUCUAUGUGUGUGUGGUUUAACUAUUUUCUAGUCACAGUGAAAAUCUUUCUCAUUUGUUGUGGCAAAUGGAUGUAAAAAAUAAAAGGAAAAGGGAAACCAUGUUAAUAUCAUACUUAUUUAUUUGACAAUAUAUAAUACUAUAGAACUCUUUGUUUUUUUUGUU